AUCGUGUGGAAGAGGGCUUCGGAAUUAAAGGAGAACCCAGUGUUUAUCAUACAUGGGGCAGAACGUGAAGAUAUCCGACAGGGAGGCUUAUAUGACUGUUGGCUCCUCGCCUCCGUCGCAUGUCUCACAUUAAAUCAAGAUUGCCUCUUCCGUGUGGUUCCAUCAAAUCAAUCUUUUGACAAAGCCUAUGCCGGGAUCUUUUAUUUCAAGUUUUGGCAGUAUGGACAAUGGAUGGAAGUGGUAGUGGAUGACAUGCUGCCUACAAAGAAUGGUCAGCUCACGGCUGCUAAGUCCAAUGCAUCUCAUGAGUUCUGGUGCCCACUUCUGGAAAAAGCCUAUGCUAAGAUCAAUGGAUCAUAUGAAGCCCUUAAUGGUGGUUUUGCUGUGGAAUCACUUGUGGAUUUUACUGGUGGGGUGUGUGAAAUAUAUGAAACUGCAAAACCUCCAGCAGAUUUGUUUCAGAUAGUCCAGAGGACACUGAUAGAAAAGAGCUUGACUGCUAGCAGCACAAAGUUUGUCGAGGGUAAAGGAGAAACUAUUGACAAAAUGAAUAUUGUUGCAGGACAUAUGUACUCUAUAACUGGAGCAGAGGAGGUCACCUGUGAUAAAAAAGUGGUUCAAAUUAUCCGACUGAGGAAUCCCUGGAGUAAAACUGAAUGGAACGGACCCUUUAGUGAUGGCUCCCAGGAGUGGAGAAUGGUGGAUCCCAAUGUAAGAGCAAAACUCCAUGUUAAUCAGGAAGAUGGAGAAGUUUGGAUGCCCUUCGAUGACUAUCUGAAAGAGUUUAAAAUAUUGGAGAUCUGUAACAUCCACCUGAGCGAGGUGUGCUGUGGUGACGACUUUAACUGGUCCCUGACAGAAUUCAAUGGAAGCUGGAAGAAGGGAAUCAGCGAUGGAGGGAGGAAAGGUUUGGCCAGAUUUAGCACCAACCCCCAGUACCGGAUGCAAUUGAAGGCUAAAGAUGGUGAUGCCACCAAGAAAUGCACUCUCGUUGUGUCUCUGACACAGAAGGAUCGAAGGAAGAAUCAUAUGGAAACGCUUAACAUUGGCUUCUAUGUAUAUAAGCAAAUCUUUGUGGAGUAA